CACAACUACAAAACUUCGUGAAAGUUAAGAAGCGUGUUCCACAACGUCGAAUCUUGAAACAUGGAUGAAAAAAAGGGACCAUUAUCAUGGACAGAGAAGAAAGCCUUAAAAAGAAAGAGAUUAGAUGCCAAAAAGGAGAAAAGCUCGGAAAAGAAGCCUAAAGAAGAUAAAAAUGGUGUAGACACUGAAGAGGAAAGUGCUAGACUGUUAGACAAAGAACAACAAAUAUCAUCUGUAAAAACUGAUAAAGGAAGACAUUAUACUGUUUCUAUGGCAUUGCCAGGAUCCAUAUUAGAAAAUGCACAGUCCAGAGAACUCAGAUCUUAUCUAGCUGGCCAGAUAGCACGAGCUGCAGUAGUAUUUAAUAUUGAUGAAAUUGUCAUAUUUGACGAGUCAGGGGCAGGACUAAGUUUGGAUGAUUUAGAAAAUAAUUCUGGAAAUAAUAGAAAUAAAAAGGGUUAUGGUAAUAUACAGUUAGCCAGAAUUUUACAGUUUUUAGAGUGUCCACAAUAUUUACGCAAACAUUUUUUUCCCAUGCAUGAAGAUCUGAAAUUUGCUGGUCUGUUAAAUCCGUUGGAUAGUCCCCAUCAUAUGAGAAUAUCUGAUAAGGUAGAAUAUAGAGAAGGAGUUGUAUUAGAGAAAAAACUAAAAUCUCAGUCUUGUGUUAAUGCUGGAUUAUAUCAAAAGGAUGUUUUGGUAGAUAAAGAUCUAGAAGCUGGUUUAAGAGUAACUGUUGAACUUGAUGUUAAUUCUUAUGAUAAAAAAGUAGUUAAUGGUAAAGUUGUAUCACCAUCAACACCAAGAAUUAAAAAUGGUCUGUAUUGGGGUUAUAAUUUACGUCUAGCUAAUAAUCUCUCGUCAGUAUUAACUCAAUGUCCGUAUAAAGGCGGUUAUGAUGUCACUAUUGGUACAUCAGAAAGAGGGGAUUCUAUUGAUGACUUUGUUCUACCACAAUUCAGACAUGCUAUCAUAGUAUUUGGUGGAGUUCAAGGUUUAGAAACUAGUUUAGCAGCAGAUAAAACAUUGUCUGUAGAAGAUCCAUCCUUACUGUUUCACCAUUAUCUUAAUACAUGUCCUAACCAAGGUUCCAGAACUAUUAGAACGGAGGAGGCAGUUUUGAUAACAUUAUCAUCAUUAAGGAAUCAACUAGUUACCAAUGGUAUAAAAUAUUCACUGUAAUAUUCUGCAAUAAAAUGUUCCAUCAGUUUC